AUGGCUGGAGAGCCGAGCGGCCCACCUAAGAUGGCGGAGACCAUGCGGCCACCAGUCAGCCACGAGACAUUAAGACACCCCUCGUCCAACAUAGAUAAAAUCUUCCCAGAUUUCUGGCUCAAGCUAGAGCUUAGACUACAACAAGGAGCUCCAGGUCCACUCAUCUCAAACUGUCCACCCAGACAGCAGCCACCUAACCCUCAGCACCGGCCUGCAGCCCAGACAGGGCCUCACACAGUACAGAGGCAGCGAAGGAACAAGCCUGCACCUCGCCCACGUAGGGCAGUGAAGCAACAGAAACCAAGCACUGGCUCACCCAGUCCACUCAUCACCCAGAGGGCACCCUACCUAGGCCCAGCGGCAUUACUAACCGACCCCAGCUACACCCGUUUACCCAGCUACACCCGUGCACUCACCACAUCACAGUGGAGUCCCACGAGAAUCCACAAUGAGGCUCUGCACAGCCCCAACGCGGCAUCGGGUGAACGGCCAGUGACCCAUCAACACCACGGUCCAGGAGCAGGGGGACCUGGCACGUCUCAUAACGCCACAUCCUGA